AUGUCAGGAACGCAAGAAACAGCCACCAUCACCGGGGUCGAGGAGAAGGGUUACCAAGAACGCUCUGCUAGCCAUCCUACCGGAUCAAACGACGACGUCCAGCAAAACAAACAUACCGACACUUCUCAAACUGUCGCCGAAGCCGAAGCACCACCGCGAGACAUCAAUGGCUGGAAAUGGUAUUUGACGCUCGUCUCCAUCUUAGCCUCCACCUUCCUAUACGCCCUCGACGCGACGGUAGUAGCCGAUCUACAACCGGUCAUUUUACAGGAACUUGGCGGUAUCCAGAAGCUGCCGUGGCUGAGUGUCGCAUUCUUACUCAGCGCAACCGCCACCAAUCUCCUCUGGGGUCGCAUGUACGGUCACAUCAACGCCAAGUGGCUCUACAUCUUUCACGUCACUCUCUUCGAAAUCGGCUCUGCUAUUUGUGGCGCAUCUCCGUCUAUCAAUGUCAUGAUUCUGGGCCGCGCUAUUACUGGAGUAGGCGGUUCAGGGCUCUAUGUCGGCUGCAUGACCCUCAUCGCCACUACGACCACACUCACCGAGCGUCCCAUGUACAUCUCCUGUACCGGAUUUACAUGGGGACUGGGAAUUGUUCUAGGACCUAUCAUUGGGGGUGCGUUCAGCGAGUCGUCGGUUGGAUGGCGAUGGGCGUUUUACAUCAAUCUCUUCAUCGGAGCAAUUUGUGCCCCUUUCUACAUCUUCCUCAUUCCGAGCAAAGAUCCCCGUCCAGGCGCGUCUGUCCGCGAGCGCGUCUCAGAGCUGGAUUAUUUCGGUAUCAUCUUGCAGGCUGGCGUAUUAUCAGCAUUGAUUCUCGCCAUCAACAUGGGCGGUAUCGUCUACCCCUGGAACUCAGGCCGCAUUAUAGCAAUGUUUGUCGUCUUCGGCGUGCUGUGGAUUCUGCUUAGUAUUCAGCAAGUAUACGCAAUUGCCACCACAGUCUCGAGUCGGAUUAUUCCCGUGCAAUUCUUUCGAUCACGGACUGUGCUUCUCCUCUUUGCGGCUACCGCGGCAGGUGGUGCAAGCGCCUUUGUGCCAAUCUAUAUGAUUCCUAUGUAUUUCCAAUUCACGCAGGCUGGAGGCGCGCUAGAGGCUGGGGUGCGUUUACUUCCUUUUAUUAUCAUCAUGGUGAUAUUUGUCUUCAUCAACGGCCAGUUGAUGGCUAGAUUGGGGCACUAUGUCCCUUGGUUCCUAGUUGGAGGAUUGUUGACGGUCGCCGGCGCUGCUCUGAUGUACACAGUUGACCAGGAAACAUCGGACUCUCGAGUGUACGGCUAUACGGUGUUGAUAGGAGCUGGUGUUGGCAUGUAUCUCCAGGCAUCUUUUUCAGUCACCCAGGCCGUCGUGGACGUCGACAACAUCGCGCCAGCCAUCGGUUUCGUCACGUUGGCCCAGUUCUUAGGUAUUACAAUGGCUUUGGCCAUUGCAAAUUCCAUUCUGCUAAACUCUAGCCUUGGAAGAAUCCAGCAGAUUCUACCUACUGUAUCAACCUCUGAGAUACAAGGUGCCAUCUUGGGCUCUGACUCAACCCUUGUGCAGAGUCUACCAUCAGACCUCAAGGCCCAAGUUUUGGCCGCUAUUGUCAGUGCUAUUGGCAAGACGUAUACUCUUGUGAUUGCCGGCGGGUCACUUGUUGUCAUUUCAAGUCUACUCAUGCGCCGUCAAAAGCUUUUUGGCAUCGCCCCUGCUGUUGCGGCGGCCUGA